UGCUGAUUUUUUUACACUCACAGUGUAGAGCUUGGUGCUUGCUGGCCUCCCUCCGCCUAAGAAAAGUGGGUUAUGAAAGGAGCUCCUCUCAGAGACUGUAUAGCCCCUCACUGGAAUAGGAGCAUUCAGUAACAGAAAGAAAAAAGAAAGGACAAACAACAGCCACAACAAACCGAUAUCUUCUCUUUUUAAGGCUUUUCUUCAUUUUUGCAAGUGGGGUUUAUUUUUGCAAUAAGCUUUUUUUAAAAAAGAAAUUGUAUUUUUGUUCAUUUGACUUUUUUUUUUUUGGUUUGCUCGGGUUUUAUGAGGGUCUCGUUAAGACUUAGGGGGAAAAGAAGAGAGGAGCAAGAGAGAGGAGGGGAGAGAAGAAAAGUGGAAAGGAUUACAAGCUGGAAAAGCCCGGUCUGCUUUCACUCCUUGUUGGCUGUUGAUGAACGCCUGUGUAUUUGUAAAUUGCUCUUCCUGUCCGACCUGCACACCCCGAGAGUGCCCAUCUCCCUAUAUAUACCCUGAAAGUCAGCGUGGCCACCAUGGUCGGAAGAGUUCAUCCCGAUCGGAAACAGUUGCCGCUGGUCCUACUGAGAUUGCUCUGCCUUCUCCCCACAGGACUGCCUGUUCGCGGCGUGGAUUUUACCCGAGGCACUGACAACAUCACCGUGAGGCAGGGAGACACGGCCAUCCUCAGGUGUUAUGUAGAAGAUAAAAGCUCCAAGGUGGCCUGGUUAAACCGAUCUGGAAUCAUUUUUGCUGGACAUGACAAGUGGUCCCUGGACCCCCGGGUUGAGCUGGAGAAACGGACUGCUCUGGAAUACAGUCUCCGCAUCCAGAAAGUGGAUGUCUAUGAUGAAGGCUCCUAUACAUGCUCAGUGCAGACACAGCACCAGCCGAAGACCUCCCAGGUUUACUUGAUCGUCCAAGUUCCACCAAAGAUCUCCAACAUCUCUUCAGAUGUCACUGUGAAUGAGGGAAGCAAUGUGACCCUGGUCUGCAUGGCAAAUGGUCGUCCUGAGCCGGUCAUUACCUGGAGGCACCUUACACCCACUGGAAGAGAAUUUGAAGGAGAAGAGGAGUACCUGGAGAUCCUUGGCAUCACAAGGGAGCAGUCAGGCAAAUAUGAGUGCAAAGCCGCCAAUGAGGUUUCCUCAGCAGAUGUCAAACAAGUCAAGGUCACUGUGAACUAUCCUCCCACUAUCACGGAGUCCAAGAGCAAUGAAGCUACUACAGGGAGACAAGCUUCUCUCAAAUGUGAAGCCUCUGCAGUGCCUGCACCUGACUUUGAGUGGUACAGAGAUGAUACCAGGAUAAACAGCGCUAAUGGCCUUGAGAUUAAGAGCAUUGAGGGGCAGUCCCUCCUGAUGGUGACCAACGUCACUGAGGAACACUAUGGCAACUACACCUGUGUGGCUGCCAACAAGUUGGGAGUCACAAAUGCCAGCCUAAUCCUUUUCAAACGAGUUUUACCCACAAUCCCCAACCCUAAUCAAGAAAUUGGCACCACCGUGCACUUCAAGCAAAAAGGACCUGGGUCAGUGAGAGGAAUAAAUGGAUCAAUCAGCCUGGCCGUACCACUGUGGUUGCUGGCAGCAUCCCUGUUCUGCCUACUCAGCAAAUGUUAAUAGAAUAAAAAUUUACAAACAAAAAAACAACACACAAAAUGCGUCAUACAGGAGACAGAGAGAGA